AAUCGACGAAUCUCGCUGGAUCUCUGGAUCGGUGCUGAUGGAGUUUCAUGGCGUCGCUCUCCGCCGUGUUUUGGAGCUAGUAUUCUGCAUCACCGGUAUUUGGUCGGCUUAUAUAUAUCAAGGCGUUCUUCAAGAGACCGUGUCUACAAAGAGAUUUGGCCCUAAUAAGGAGAGGUUUGAACAUUUGGCAUUCUUAAACUUGGCACAGAGUGUUGUUUGUUUACAAUGGUCAUUCAUGAUGAUAAAGCUUUGGGGUCAUGGUCGUGGUGGUCGUGCCCCGUGGUGGAGUUAUUGGAGUGCUGGAAUUACAAAUACCAUCGGCCCAGCUAUGGGGAUUGAAGCUCUAAAAUAUAUCAGUUAUCCUGCUCAGGUCCUGGCAAAAUCCUCAAAAAUGAUUCCAGUGAUGCUGAUGGGGACGCUUGUUUAUGGUAUUAGAUACACUUUUCCGGAGUAUCUUUGCAGCCUCCUUGUUGCUGGCGGGGUGUCCAUCUUUGCAUUGGCAAAGACUAGCUCGAAGACCAUAAACAAGCUGGCGAAUCCUAAUGCUCCACUCGGAUAUGGACUUUGUUUUCUGAACUUGGUGUUCGAUGGUUUCACAAAUGCCACACAAGAUUCAAUCUCAGCAAGGUACCCAAAAACAAAUGCAUGGGAUAUGAUGUUAGGAAUGAACUUAUGGGGUACCAUUUACAACUUGGUUUUCAUGUUUGGUUUGCCUCAAGCAAGUGGAUACCAAGCAGUUCAAUUCUGCAAACAACACCCUGAAGCAGCCUCGGAUAUUUUAUACUUUUGUUUAUGUGGCGCUGUCGGUCAAAACUUCAUAUUCUUUACCAUUAGCCGGUUUGGUUCGUUAACUAACACCACCAUCACCACGACUCGAAAGUUUGUCAGUAUCGUGGUUUCAUCACUUCUUAGCGGAAAUCCCUUAUCACAAAAGCAAUGGGGGAGUGUUGCCAUGGUGUUCAGCGGGUUAUCAUACCAGAUUUUCCUUAAACGGAAGAAACCAAAGCGGAUGAAGAAGAAGAAGAGGAAGACCGGUUGAUAAAAACAUUGCUGGUCUAAACUCCAUUUUUAGGUACGCCAUUUUUUCGGUAGCUAGUUAGAAUAUUUUGAAUCCUAUAGAUGCAUUAGUUCAUUAUUUAGUAGAAGGGUUGGGUUUCGGUGAGAAUGGUAAGAAGGGACCUCCACCCUUGGAUCAACUCUAAAAAGAUUUACUGAGAUGCACCGGAUCAGUUCCUGUAUCAAACGCAAUUCAUGGGAUGGGGUGAGAUUAAAAGUGAUCAAGGACCCAAAUCUCUUCUUACUCUUCUCACAUUAACUCCUAUUCUCACACGAUUCUUCGUCUUUUAGUAGAAAAAUGAAAAAAAGAUCCAUUAAAAUUGUUCAUAACAUUCCCUUGAUGGAGAGAGUAAUAGGACACUUAGAGCAAUAAUGCUAUAACUAACUAGUUCCCACUCCCAUUUUUAACCUUAUUAUCAUAUGGUGAUCGUUGGAAUCUCAAGUUUAUAGGGGAU